AUGAUCAGGAAUUCCCAACUGGGGCAAGAUGUCAAUGCUCGACUGACACAGUGUGCUGAUAUGGCCAGUGAAUAUGCCGUCACCCUCAAGAAACAUGUGGAUCCUCUGACUGAAGAACUGAUGACCAAAAUCACCAAGGAGGCUGAAGUGUUGAGAGAGCGUCUGGGUCAGGACCUGUUGACAGUGAGAGACAAACUGGAGCCCUAUGCCGACAACAUCAAGAGCCAAAUUCAGCAGAGAGUUGAGGACCUCAGGACCGCCAUGGCUCCAUAUGCAGAUUCCCUGGAUUCUGAGACCCUGAAGGCCACUCUGCUCCAGAAAAGUGAGGAGUUGAGAGGGAGCGUGGAGGAGAGCGUGAAGGAGCUGCAGGCUCAGCUGGAACCCUACACCGCUGAUAUCAAGGAGAAAGUGGACCAACAUCUGCAGGAGUUUCAGAAGACCGUGAACCCAAUGGCUGAGGAUCUCCAGGCCCAGAUUGCUGAGAGAGCAAAGAUGGUUCAACAGAGUCUAACACCCUAUGCUGAAGACCUAAAGGAAAAGCUGGACCCCUAUGCUCAGGAUCUGAAGGCCCAGCUCACCUCCCUUUAUGAGUCCUUUGUCAAGACCAACUAAUGCUUUAAAGACUUCUGAAUGCUUAUUCCUGCUUGACUCCAAAAUCUCAUACAUUAAGUACAGUACCAUAACUUAAAUUAAGUUAAACAAUUUCAACUUGUUUUUAAAAGUUAUGUCAACUUAUCACAAGUCAAAACCCAAAAUAG